UCGUAGGGAGGGUUGGCGUCACAGGUCCUGACAGGGAAGAAGUACGCUGGUCCUGGCAGGGGAGAGUAGUUGUGGCGGCAGCUGGCAUACAGUUGGCUCCGGAAGGAUGGAGUCUCGAGUCUCCGACACUGUGGCCAGCCAGGCUGAGCGCGCCUCGGGCAAGGACAGAACAAGCAGAGGCGCGGCUCCUGGGCACGCAGGUUCCUCGUCCUUAGGAGCCGCCCGAUGGAAGCUCUUGCGGCAGGUUCUGAAGCAAAAACACCUGGAUGAUUGUCUACGACGUGUAUCUGUAAGAAGAUUUGAAUCGUUUAAUCUGUUUUCAGUAACAGACGACCUGACAAGGGAAGCUGAAGAGGACUUUGGUGCGUGGGCCCAGUACACAAGUGUCUUCUACCCGGAAUACAGUAUUUCCUUAAGGCAUAACAGUGGAUCUUUGAAUAUUGAAGAUGUUCUUACCAGCUUUGACAAUACAGGGAAUGUUUGCAUCUGGCCAGCGGAAGAGGUUUUGGCUUACUACUGCCUCAGGCACAGCGAUGUAUUCAGGGACCUUGCUGUGUGUGAGCUAGGGGGUGGCAUGACAUGCUUGGCUGGGCUCAUGGUUGCUAUUUCUGCAGAUGUCAAAGAAGUUCUGUUAACUGAUGGGAAUGAAAAGGCCAUCAGAAGUAUCCUUAUUCAGAUAGAAAACAGUCAAUUGACAAUUGCUGCAGAAGCUUUCUUAACUGUGCCAAUAGAUGUGAGAGACAUCAUCGAAAGGAAUCGGAAGGCUGGUGCGUUUAAGGCUCGGAAAAUAUCAAGCUGCGUUUUACGAUGGGAUAAUGAGACAGACGUCUCUCAACUGGAAGGACAUUUUGACAUGGUUGUGUGUGCUGACUGCCUGUUUCUGGACCAGUACAGAGCCAGCCUUGUCGAUGCAAUAAAGAGAUUACUCCAGCCCAGGGGGAAAGCAAUGGUAUUCGCCCCACGCCGAGGGACAACUUUAAACCAGUUUUGCAAUCUAGCUGAAAAAGCUGGUUUCUCUAUCCAAAGACAUGAAAAUUAUGAUGAACACAUUUCAAACUUCCACUCCAAGCUACAAAAGGAAAACCAGGAUAUAUAUGAUGAAAACCUUCAUUACCCGCUUCUUCUUAUUUUAACCAAAAGUGGAUAGAAGAUUUAGCUGCUCAAAAGAUGAAGAAAACAUCAUGUGCAAAGGGGAUAUUUUACAGAAACAGAAACCUGUAAUGGUACAACAUGCAGCAUGCCAUGGGCUCCCCGAGACUCUCCGGCCCCUGGGACUUGGGCCCUCACCACCUUCUCGACAUUCCACGUAUGGGUUAUGGAGCCCGCCAGUCCUCACCCUCACUACUUCCCAGCCGUCCCCAACCCCUCUUUUUUUUUCAGUCCGCUUGUUGCUCUUCCUGCACCAAACCUUUGUCUGUCUUUAAAUAUCUGUAAACAGCCUGUCUGAGAUUUGAAUUGGACUUGUGAGCACCCUAAAGAUGUUUACCUCUGGUUGAGGCAAAAUUUCUUUUUGUGAUUGCCACAAAAAUAUCUUGGUCUUUGUUCCAUUUUGGUGGCAGUAGUUUUUAAUCUGUAAAACAGCAAAAUGACAAUUCUAUCCUGGUUAAUAAAAAUAAAGCAUAUAUCAUUCUGAUCUCCCUUAAAUUAAUAG